UUUGCAGGCCAGGAACUUGCAACAUUAACCUACUUGGAUUACUUCAUUUCCACAUCAGUAGAUUUACAAGAACAAGUUCAUCGUGUUCAAAAGCUUCACCAUAUGCUGGAAAUAAUGGUCAGCUGUACAGUCUUACUUCAGUUUAAACACGAGAACCUCUUCCCUUUGACACAAAUUUGCAUGAAGUAUUAUAAGGAAAACCCUCUAAAUGAGAAGCAUGUGUUUCAACUGCCAAUCAGACCAGCACUUGUCAAGAAGUUCUAUCAAAAUGACCACCCAGAAAUAUGGAAGGUGGACAUAAGUAGCGGGCAUGGACAGAAGGAGGUUAAAACAACAUGGCAAGUUAGCACUAAUCCUCCAGUUGAACAUAAGACGUCAAACAAUACAGGUCUCUUUUCCGAUUCCACAGUUAAUGGAAGCACUGAAGAAAGAAUGUAUUUUAUUACAAUGGCUAAGUGCAGUCAGGUGCAUUUCACAUAAAUGCGUGUUACCCUACAGGCAGGCACUUGAAAGGUACCGUAAAGAGGAAAGUUCAGUAUUACCUGUGUCCCAACAGUAUAUUUAGAAACACUCUGUGCUUUGAAGAGCAGUACAUCUUACUGAGCUAUUUGCUUUGGUAUGCUUAAAGUGUGACAUACGCGGCCAUAAUUAAUCUGUAUGUAUCUAAUUUGUUUAUAAACGUUGUGCAAUUAUGAAUGUACAGUAUAAUUAUUUUGAAAAUAUAGAAGAUAUUUUUGUUCGUAUAUUUACAGGCAUUCAAUAAAGUUCUGCACUUUGGGG